AUGUGUAGUAUAAUUCCUUUCAAAUCCUUUCAUUCAAUUUCAAGAUAAAUGUGGUUAAAAAAGUAACUCAAAUACAAAUAAACCAUUUAUAACACUGUCAAUAUUACAUUGACUUGGAUCUCAAUAUAAUAAUGCAAAGAAAAAAAGAUACGAUAUUUGUAUAAAAACCAAGUUUACAAAGAGUAAAAAAUUUAGAAAACCGCUAUUUUAUUUUUCAUCAUUAUAGAACCAAAACUAUCAUAUUUUCCAUGAAAUCUGCUGGUAAUCCAGAAGUCGGUGACAUUCUUGAAGAAACCGAACUUGUAACUGUAAAAGGAGAUAAAACAGAACGUGAAGCUGACGAUCAAACCCUAAAGGUAGAAGAGACUGAGACCAGUCAGCUGACUUUGGCAACCCCAAAGGUGGAGACUGAGGACAGUCAGCUAACAUCUGAAACUAUGGAUAAUGAUACUAAAAAGUCGCAAACAUAUUCCCCAAAUCGACAAGUUAAGCAUGGUUAUAUAAAAUAUGUAAGUCUUGUAGUGCUUACAGUACAAAAUGCUGCAUUGGGACUAAGUAUGCGAUAUGCACGUACAAGAGAAGUAGAAAUGUUUUCUUCAGCAGCAGCUGUUGUGAUGGCUGAAGUCUUCAAAUUAGUUUUUUGUGUUGGUCUUGUAAUACAAGAAUCUCGUGGGGUUAAAAAAGGUUUUGAUACCAUGUAUGCAACAGUAAUUUUAAACAUCAAGGAUACUUUACGUGUUUGUGUGCCAUCAUUUCUUUAUAUAAUUCAAAACAACUUGCUGUACGUGUCAGCUUCAAAUUUAGAUGCUGCCACUUAUCAAGUCACAUAUCAGUUGAAGUUGUUGACAACAGCAUUUUUCGCGGUUAUCGUUUUGAAAAGGAAACUUAAAAAAUGGCAAUGGUGUGCUUUAGCGCUGUUAGCAUCUGGCGUUGCACUUGUGCAGCUAUCAUCGACAGAUAAAAAACAAACUUCUGGCUCAGAAAACCAGUCUAAAGUAAUUGGAUUUGCUGCAGCAUUAACUGCAUGCUUUAUAUCUGGAUUUGCUGGAAUUUAUUUCGAGAAGGUACUCAAGGAGUCCGACGUAUCGGUUUGGAUGAGGAAUGUGCAAUUGAGUUUACUUUCUCUACCAUUUGGCACAAUUACCUAUCUGUUUAACAAUGAAUGGUCAAUUAGAGAUUUACUCAAAGGAUUCGACGGAUUCGUUUGGUAUUUGGUAUUACUACAGGCAGCCGGUGGCUUAUUAGUUGCGGUAGUAGUUAAAUAUGCUGACAACAUUCUCAAGGGAUUUGCAACAUCUGUGGCGAUAUUGAUAUCUUGUGUUGUUUCGAUAUAUUUGUUUAAUUUUGUGUUGACGAUACAAUUUGCGUUUGGGACAGCACUUGUUAUAGGAUCCAUAUUCUUAUAUGGUUAUGUCCCUAAACCUGACACGCGAAACUGGUUAAAUGUAUGAUUCAUUCACAUUGAGUCCCUCAAGACUAGACUUUCUGUCGGCCGAUAUUUUGGUUGCCAUCUUAAUCAAUAUGAAAAGCUACGGAAAUGCGCACAUUACAGCGAUACAAUAUCGGCCGAUUAAAAAGUUCGAUUGGAGUUUUGUUUUCAAACUAAAUUAUCGGCCGACCGCUUGAUCAAUAUGACGCUCCUCCAAGAACGCACACUUUCCGAUUGUUUCAUCGGCCGACCAUGUAAUGUAAAACUCCCCUGUACCCAUUACUGUAGAUGGGAUGUACAGUCGACAGUACAUCAAACUACAUUUUAAAUUGUUGCAACUAUUACUACUACUACCAUUGUAUGUACCUAAUAUCUACUCUUGAUUACACUUUUUUAUCUCUCGCUUGGUUUACAUUAAGGCACGUUUUGUUGGCCUAUUGAGCGCACUAGCAGUAACCGAACUAUACUAUCGGUCGAUAGAGUCUGUAGUCUGCAGGGACAGGGACUCGAGUUGCAUGUCACGUCUAUAGUAUUAAAUUCCUAAAUAUUCAGUAUCUAAUAUUAUAGGUAUAUAGUAAUUAGUAUUUUAAACCCCUCCAGUUAAGCUAAAUAAUGAUUGUUUUAAGAGUGUGGGUUCUCAUCAUCUUAUAGUUAAUGGGAUGAGGAUGUUCGCUCUACCGACCCUCGAAUCGUCAGUCCGACCGACACUGACACCGUUGGGCUAUUGUUGCCUUAUGUUUAUAAAAUUACUCUUCUGUUUAUCUUUAAUAAAAAGGAAAUGUAUCAUUUUUGUUCACUAUUGUUUGUUCGUAAUUCUAGUCAUAACCCAGUAACUGUGGCAGCGUAGCAUGGGUUGGCAUGACACCCGGGGCUCUCACAAGUUGGGUACCACCCCAGAAUGGUCUGGUGCUCCCCAGGAUUUAUGGGUUACCGAUAUUCGAAGAAGACAGACUGAAGUUAGUACUAAGCCAUGAGCUAUAUGAUACCAAUUGAUCGAAGCACUCACACUCACUACGCCGCCCGCCACUGCCAGUAAGUCCUCUGAGACAACUUGUCUAAGACUUAGUAUUAUGGGGUAUGAAUGACCGGACAUUUUGUCUCCAGUAAUAAAUGAGCCAUAUAAGUGAUAUUUCUACUUAGUACUUAAAUUUCUUAGUCGAUGGUAAAAAAAUAGGGCUGGUUGUCUAUAGCACUUGCUCGUUCCAACUCGAUAUCAACGCCUACCUUUUUUAUGACUGCAUUAUUAAUUAUAACCAUACGUUUAUUGUACUUACUACAGUUGAAGUAGUUUCAACUAUAUUCCACUGCAUAAAUAUUAUUAGUUUGCCAAAUAACUAUUCGUAGAUAUUGACAUGGUAUCAAGGUCAGUUAAUAGCAUGCAAGAGACGCUAGUUCUGGACAGCUGAUACUUUGUAGCGUUUUCCCAAUUUAUUGGUACAAAACGUAUCUAACUAUACUUGAAAACAAUAAAAAAACAUCAAUAUUGAGAAGCUAAGACGCACAAUAUUAAUAUGAUUAGAGAACAGAAGUAAUAUUUAUUUUGGGACUUAUGUUGUAAUAGUAAUAAAUGAUAAUCUUAGAUUAAUAAAGCUUUAUUAAUCUAUGAUUAUUUUAUGAUGUUAAUAGGGAUUGUUUUAUUAUGUAUUUAGGUUAAAUUUUACUUGUCAUUGAGUAUUAAAGUGUAAAAAUUAUAUAUUCGAAUUAUUACAAUUAAUGUAAGAAGAUAAUUAGUGUACAUUAUAAAUAAAUUUAUAAAUAAAUAUAACCGUGUGGACCGUGGUCGACCGGUUGGCAACUCGAUUUGUCGCAGGAACACUAUCGGUUUUAUUAUUCCCGAUGUAAUGUAACGACUUUAAUUAUGAGUUUCUCAUUACAUUACUUAAUUUUAUUUUAUUAUUGUCGUUAAGUGUGUAGCAUACUACUCGUAUGCAACAUUAUAAUAAAGAUUGUACAGAGUUAAAUAAAUGUUUAUAAUUGUAAAUGUCUCCUUUCAAAAACAUACAAAAAAUUAGAGCCCAUUCCGAUGUAAAUAUGCCUGCAAUUUUUAAUUAGAGCCUUCAGCAAAGACGCACACCCCAUAAUCAACAAAAUUUUCUUGGAAGCAACGUGUGAAGUAACGUGCGAAAUAAACUAAGGGCGACAUUGGAGGUAUAGGGUGAGGUAGCGGUCAUGCUCCAGCAGGUUACCUCAAACUGUGUAAAUAAAAUGCAAACUUACUUAAUCAGCCAUGUUGACGUUAUUUGUAGUCCAUGACGUGUAGUUUGUCGCCUGUUGUGUUACAAUUACAAUACAAUUUUCACACACCUACUACCUUACUUGUUGACAGUUAUCAACAUAGGAGUGUGGUGAAUACAAUAUUGAUAAGACUCCAAACUUUUAAGUAAAUACUUCAGUAAUAUAAUUGGUAUCCAAUAAAACAUGUAAUUCUGCAAUAACAUUAAUAUGUAUUUUUUGUAGAUUAUGCUUAGAUUAAUCUAAGAGAUUAUGUAAUUAAUAGUAGCUCUUGUAAAUAGAUUACUAAACUCAUUCGGAAACUUACCAUCAUGAAAGUUUUCAUACUAUACACCCUAGAUUAAUCUAAGCUAGACACUGAUUUAUUAUCAGGAAUUUUUGGUUUCUAAGUCACUAAACAAGUUCAAA